AUGGCCGGCACGCUCCCUCCUCUAUUUGAGAUCUCCGACGAUGAUCAUGGAGGAUAUGGAGCGGUGUCAGUGUAUACCCUUCUGGCAUUGACACUCGUCGUUGUGGUGACACGACUUUCCACUCGGUGGUUUAUUGGUCGUAUCAUCCACUCCGACGAUAUCUUGCUAGCAGCAGCAGCAUUAUUUGCAAUAAUACAAAGCAUACUGGUCCAGCUUGCUAUCUCUCAUGGGCUGGGGCGUAGGGCAUCCACUAUAGGAGAAAGUAGGCUGGCAGAUUAUCUGAAGUACGAGUAUGCGGCACAGAUCCUUCUCAUUGUGACUAUUACCUUUAGCAAGCUAUCGCUCGGGCUGCUUUUCAAGAACUUGAUGACUUCGCGCAGGUCGUUGUUUGCGAAUCAGGCACUUAUGGGGAUAAUCGUUGCAUGGGCAGUGGCGUCUGUUCUGGCUUUAGCCCUCAGAUGCCCAAUGCCAUCGCCCUGGGAAUGGAACCGACUGGAUAAAUGCGUCAACCAGACUGCACUCUUUCAAGCAAUUGCAACGUUAAACAUACUGACUGAUGUCGCCCUUGUUUUACUUCCCUGUAUGAUGCUCCGCAACGUGCAACUAUCUCGAUGGAAGCGGUGCCGAAUUAUGGCCUUGCUAGCGAGCCGACUUUUGGUUUGCAUUGCCACGGGAGCCGAAAUUAAGUACACUGUCGACAUGCUGAAAUCCUCCGACAUUCCAUGGAAAAAUACCAACUCGGCAAUUUGGGACCAGAUUAUGAUGAAUCUCAGUAUCAUCACUACUUCCCUCCCAUCCCUCGGACGCCUUGUUAUCGAGCUCCAACCCAGCAUCUUUGCUUUCACCAUCAAUGAGAACCCUGAUCCCCGCUCCCAAGGUGGUACAUAUAAUUUCACAGGGUUGGGAAAACCAUCAACUGAAAAUGGAAUGAAGCCUGGUACAUCGGUACAGGUAACGAGUGGAUGGCGGGAGUCGCUCAAAGAUGAUGGCGAAAGUAUGGAGGCAUUGGUGCACGACAGCACCCCACAGAAUGCCAUCCAACAGACGAUUCAUUUUGAGGUCCAUUGA